AGCUUGUACGCCACUCAAACUCUGUCGGCUCCCGGGCGCCCGUUUCAUGGAUCCCUUGGGUUUCUGAAAAGCGCCAGUCGAAUGCGGUGACAACGGGACCAUGUCGCCAUGCGAUCGGCCAACGGUGUUGUGUGCGUGACGUGCUCGCUGCGGCCAUUGGGAGGAUACCUUACUUUCAGCCCUGCGUGUAAAUGAUCUGCGCCGCGGUCCUUCGGAGACCAUGUUUGGAAGUGCAGUGCUGCGCAUCGUUGUGACUAGUGCGCGGUGUGGUGACGCUCGCUACUCUGGAUUACGCGUGUCCCGGUAACCACGUAGGGCUGCGGGGUUGUCGUCGGGCGGAGGAGGGGGUCCCCGACCCGAUGGGGGGGGACCUCCCUGAGAAGGGCUGAGGCAUGAUGCGUCCCUGCGGCGGCGAGCCCCCCGGCGGUGGGCCUGGGGGUGGUGCGCACAAAGAGUACCGCCAAAAGGCGCUCCAGCAGAUUCGCAACAGCCUCAUGCCCUUCGCCACCCAGGGCCGCGACCGCCGAUCGAGUGCCUCCUCCACAGCCAGCGAGUCCGGGGGCUCGCCCUCCGUCGCCUCCUCUGAGGACACGAGCAGCAGCCGUAAGUGGAGUUCCUCCAAGGAUUUUGGGCACGAGAAGGAGCCUCCACCACCACCUCCACCCCCCACCAUGGUCAACGGCCUGUCCCGGAACGUGCCAGGCAAGGUGAUGAAGGGCCUGCGCAAGGCAAGCCUGCAGGUAGCAGACUCUGGCGUGCCCCUCUGGGAGCGCUCGAUGCUGGAGGUGCACGAUCGGACAGCCCCGGGCGGCCGCCUCCGGACUUCCCGCCCAGCGAGCCGCCACCACCGCCGCCUCCCCCGCGAGGCGUCGGCCCCAGCAGCUCCGCCGUUCACUCUCUGCUUAAGCAGCCACCGCGAGCGCCAUCUUCUGUGGGCGCCUAUAGCAGUGCCUCAUCGGGCUCGGCGGGGCCCCAAGGGUCCCAGCCCGGUGCCCCUGAUGGGCGGCAGCCGCCUCCUGUACCCCAGCGGCGCAGCACCUCCUCCCCCGUACCCGUGCAGCGGCAGCAGCCUGUCCUCGGCGCCCUCGUACGCUGCCUCGUCGAGCUCGGGUCGGCAGAGCCCCGCCAACACGACUGUCAGCAGUAGCUGCAGCGAGUACUCAGUGGCCUCCGGGAGCUCCAAAUCGCGCGCUCUGCCGCCUGCGUACACGCCGCCUCCACCUGCGCAGUCGCCCGGUGGGCGCAGGGCCUCACCUCCUCCAAGACCCCUGCAGGCGUGGUCGGCGCGCCAGGCCAAGUCGCAGUCUCCAGUCAUCAUGCAGUCGGUCAAGAGUACCCAGGUCCAGAAACCAGUCCUCCAGACGGCCAUCGCUCCCACGGCGCCACUGACGCCCUACAAUUUUGCGUCGUCAACGUCGACCUGUGGGCCCUCGCCGCCUUCUCUGUCAGUUGCCUCCUCGAGAAUUCAUGAACCGCCGCCUUACCCGAACCAAGUGGGAGGAGGUGGCGUUGCCUCUGUUACAGCCGUCCAGCCGCCACAACCCCAGCCACCUCCGUACGCGGCACACAAUGGUGCACCUCCGCCCCCCUAUGUGCUGCACCGGCAGGACCCGCCACCACCUCCUCUUCCGCCCACCACCGUGCCUACCACAGAGCCGCCAAGCUAUGCGUCUUCCGUAGUGGCGCUGGCGGCACAGAGGGCCGCGGCAGCGGCCGCGGUGUUGGGAGGCCCCAAGGCACCACUGCUCGGUGGGCGGACAACGUCGGUGGCCACCACUACAGCAUCGCCAGACUUGGUGACCACAGUGGCCAGCAUCUGCUCGUCACAGGUGUCGGCUUUGCAAGGAGGUGCACCACUGGGAACACCAAGCAGCAGCACAGCGCCGCGUAAGACAUCUCCUGUUGCCACGGACACAAUGAGCUCGGCAUCGCGGUCCGAGUCGCCUGUGUCAUUCGUGUCGGUGACAUCAGCCUCAUCGCCGUCCACCCAGUCCGACUCAACCCACGACUCGGGCCGCGGUAAGACUACCCAUCAGUCGCCCAUUCCCGUUCGGCGGAACUGGCCCCACGAGAAAGAGGAAGAAAGACGUGCCUCCAAGGUGCGUAACUAUUCUCCUGAGGCAUACAAGUUCUUCAUGGAGCAACAUGUGGAAAACAUAAUGAAGAGCCACGAGCAGAGGCAGCACAGGCGCCAGCAGCUCGAAGCCGAGAUGGCCAAGGUUGGGCUGUCGGAGGAAGCUCAGCGUCAGAUCCGACACAUGCUGUACCAGAAGGAGUCCAACUAUAUUCGUCGCAGCCGGGCCAAGAUGGACAAAUCCAUGUUCAAGCACAUCAAGCGCAUAGGAGUCGGUGCCUUUGGCGAGGUGGCCCUCGUCCGCAAACAUGACACAAACCAGCUGUAUGCCAUGAAGACCCUGAGCAAGGAAGAUGUGCUCAAGCGCAACCAGGUGGCGCACGUCAAGGCCGAGCGAGACAUCCUGGCCGAGGCGGACAACGAGUGGGUCGUCAAGCUCUACUACUCGUUUCAGGAUGAGCGCAACCUGUACUUUGUGAUGGACUAUAUCCCGGGUGGGGACCUGAUGUCCCUGCUCAUCCGGCUAGGCGUCUUCGAGGAGCACCUGGCACGCUUCUACAUUGCUGAACUGGUGCUGGCCCUGGAGAGUGUGCACAAGCUGGGAUUCAUCCACCGCGACAUCAAGCCGGACAAUGUGCUCAUUGACCGCGACGGACACAUCAAGCUCACCGACUUCGGACUCUGUACGGGCUUUCGAUGGACACACAACUCCAAGUACUACCAGAAGAAUGGAGAGCACGCACGCCAGGACUCUAUGGAGCCUGACAAAAACUGGUCUGAGGAUUGCCAGUGUUCACGAAGCAAGCCACUAGAGCGACGACGGAGGAGGGAGCACCAGCGCUGUUUAGCACAGUCCCUGGUGGGCACACCCAACUACAUCGCACCGGAGGUUCUAGCGAGGCACGGUUACGGGCAAUCGUGUGACUGGUGGAGCGUUGGGGUCAUUUUAUAUGAAAUGCUUGUUGGCCAGCCACCUUUUUUGGCCAACACACCUGGUGAGACACAGUACAAGGUACUGAACUGGGAAACAACUCUGCAGAUCCCAAAAAUUGCUCUGCUGUCCUCCGAGAGCACUGACCUAAUCCUGCGGCUCUGCUGCGGUGCCGAGCAACGGCUUGGCCGGAAUGGGGCGGAUGAGAUCAAGGUGCACCCAUUCUUCGCUUCCAUUGACUUUGAGGGAGGCCUGCGAAACAAGCCGGCUCCCUAUAUUCCCAACAUUCGCUACCCGGCCGACACAUCCAACUUUGAUGCCGUCGAUGACACGCUCCUCGACAAGCCCACACCUCCUGCACCCGAGCCCAAUGGCAGGCAUCCGGAGCAUGCAUUCUUCGAGUUCACCUUUAGGCGGUUUUUCGACGAUGGUGGACAGGCAUACCCCGUUCGGGCGGGGACGGGGGCUGCCCUGGGGGUCACGGGAUCGCAAAGCAACGAUGAGAGCCUGGACGGACAGGGGUCUCCGGUUUACGUGUGACCCUUCGUGGACCGAGGAAGUCUUCCAAGGAAUUGAUUUUCUCUGUCGUGGUGUUUGCAAGUGUGCUCGGUCACAAGUGCUACCUUGCCAUUGCUAUUGGUGCUACCACAUGGGUGGGCUGUUGGCAGACAAGUCAUUGAGAAGGUGUAACGCUUGCAGACGUGUUAGGGAAAUGCUGGUCAUUGCAACAUGCCACAAAGAUGUCUUUUGGAUGGUGGUGCUUGAGAGAUCUCCAAAUGUGCUGCCAAAAGAACCUCCCAUCUACAUCACAGUGUAAAUUAUUAAUAGCCCAUGCACCACAUCAGGCUAAAGUUGUGGUGGGCUGCUGUCAAUCCUGGUGAAUUAUCAAAAUGAUUGAUCUGUUCAAAGCAGUCAGGCAACACCUGCAAUAAGGCAACAUUAUUUAGAGACUGGCCUAUCUAAAAAACGAAAUGCCAACGGGUGCCUCUCCAGUCUUCAUUUAAAUCGAUCAAAAAAAAAAAUCAUAUGCUUUCUGAAAGGAUACCGCCACAAGGAUGUCACAACUGCGUUGCGUCAAAGGCUCUGUCUGGAUUUCAAGAGUUGCUGUGCUGUUAGUGUAUUCUUUGUUUUAGGUCUUUCUUUUUGCGUUGGGAGCAAAGCAAGGCCAAGUCUCAAUACUUCACUUGGGAAAGAAGACUAUGUUUCAAUUUUGCAGUUAAAAAAAAAAGUGUUCCCGCCCUUACACCUCUCUACUGACUUACUCCGAUGGAACUAUUUUUUUUUUAGUCACUGUGAAGAUGCGCUGGACUGUGAUACAUGUUGAGGCGGUUUUGUGAAGGACAUCGCCGUUUGCCACGUGUGUGCCGGGACAAUGACUUUUCUUUUUUCCCAGUGCAUGUCUCGACGGGGGGCAUAAGAAAGACGCCAUUGUUGUUUGUUGUCUAUAAUGCUAUUAUUAUUAAUUAUUAUAAUUGCCUCUUGUAUGAUAGCUUCCACCUAGCUACCUCUCCUCUUGAGGAGUCCAAGCCCUUUGUGUUAUUUAUUUGAAUUGCAAGGUUUGUGAGUGCCUUUACUCCCCGUGUGUUCUCUUUUGAGGUCUCGGUGUGUCGUUGUUUCUUUGAAGGGUUGGGAGGGUGCCGCAGGAUCGAGGCCAUUUUCAGCCCUGUAAAAGCAAAGGGCCUUCUCUCACUCCAGCGAUGACACUGCAGCCCACUGCACGUGUGCCUAUGUAAUCUAGCGUGAACAAAGUCUAAGUGAAGGCUUGCUGCUAAACUUGAGGGCCCCAUUCCUGGCCACCACAGCACCUUGGUGGCAUUGAUAUGCUAUGAGCACCCAAGUGCACAUUUGAAAGAGCCCAAGGUGUAACGAUUUCCCCACUGCAACAUGCCUCAUUAUAACAUAGUUAAGCACCGUAAAUUAUAUUUAAAGAUCUAGCUUGAUCUUGUUACAUGUACAUUUUGUACGGGGUGUCCUAGCUGUCGAGCAUCAAGGUUUUAAAAUGUGAUAACUGUGUUGUACAAAAAAUAAAUAAAAUAAAAGGGUGGGGCACAUUGUUUCUAGUUGCCCAUAGCAAGACUCAUGAUACAGCUAUGAGUAAUUUCAAAUUAGAUAAUUACAAUAAAUAUUGUGACACCUAAUUAGGAACAUCCGUAUGGGGGAACAUCUAAUUGCCAUUUCCAGCUACAUAUUGGUUGCAUGCUAAUUUUUUUGCUGCUAUGAGUGCCAGCAUCUGUCAUGAUUUCUGGAUGGUUCCCUUCUGCACCUCCUUACCCAUCCCACUCACAGCGCUAAGUGUGGCCUGACUUGGUGAACAAUGUCUUGUGGAGAUGGCUAAAAGGAUGCGUGUGCACCUACGAAUUCCUCAUUGACCCUUUUAUGAUUAGGAGAGUACUUUUCGAAUUGAAAAACAUCUAACAAUUUGAAUAUUAUUAGCAAAUCAAAAUACUGUCCUUGCAGAGUGCAUGUGCUUGAUUACUGGGACAUUGUGCAUCAUAACAAUGCAUUCACACGUCCUCAUUGAAGCUCUUUCAAGCAGUUGCUCGCUUAAUUUGGCGGACAUUUUUGUUUGAUCAAACAAAGGCACCUGAGGAACUUGUCUCGGGUGCAUGCUAGGCAGCAAUAAUUCUUGUGGGGCAAUGUCUAUUUGUUGGUUGUUUUGCCACAGGUUCAGCUGACAUGUGCUAAGUAGAACCAGUGUGGUUGUGUAUAAGUGUGGUUUGCUGUGCAAAGAUUUCGUGAUUAGCGGCUCUCCUUCAGUUGAUACACAGCACUUGUGCCUUGUGCAAUAACGUCUUUGUUGGAGCCCGUCCAAAUCGUAUGAGCAUUUGGAACAGGAUUCACAUUUUAAGCUGAGAUGCAGGCAAAGAGCUCGCCUGCGGUGACACAGGAAGUGUGGCGGUUACAAUCAAUUCAAUCAUUAAUGGCAGUCGUGCCUGACAUGAAAGAUUUCAUGAUGUUGUCAUCAUUUGUGGUAGCAAGUGGCUCGAUUCUCGUGAUAGGAAAGAGUUAGGUCAGCUUUGGACAAAGCAUCAUCUUUCUUUCUUAUAUUUUUCAUUUGAAGAUUAAUAGAGAAUUGAUUCGCUAUAAUCAGCUUUUGCUGUAAUUGCAGUGAUUUUUUAAAGUGCCUAUCUUCUCACUUUUUCCAUUAAGGAAAGAAACCUGGAAGAAUGUUUUAUCACUGUGUAGACUGGUGCAGCGUUAAGGCAGGACUUAAUACGAUUGAGCUGUGUAAGGCUUUGAACAGUUUCGAAUCUGCCGGUGUUGUGUUAAGCAAGUGAAUGUGCUUCUAAGAGAAACCUGAUGUGUUGUUAGUGUGCCUGUGCAUACGUGCCAAAUUUGGAUUUGCAGCCAGCUGGUACAUUCUGCGUAAAGAAAGCGAUGAUCAAGUGGCAGCGAUGUUGCCCAUUCUUAGCUUGAAGUAAACACAUAUUAGUGAGGGCAGACACCAAAAGUAUUUGACUUCAUGACUCGCUGUUAUUGCUUGCUUCGAUAACGAAGACCUUAUGAAAAAGUCUGUCUUUGCAGUGUCAUGCACCUUGUACCACACACUGGGAGCUAAGCUAGUAGUGGCCUUUGCAGUAGGGGUGUGCAAAUAGUUGAAACCUAAACUGUGCAAAUCGAUUUGCAAGACACUUUUACUCGUAGAAAAACGCAAACACUACACCGAUCAGCUGCAGGAAGAAACCUGCACUAUAUUAUGCCAAAUUUAUUGUACAAGUAGACAAACUGGUUUCAUUUGCCACAUCCCCUCUCUCACUUACUGAGCUUUUGAAGAUAUUUCACCGGUAUUCAAGUGUAGUGGUCAUAGCGUAGCAUUGUGUAUGAGGUAGAGCACAUUGUUACUAUAGAUUAUCCACAAUAUAAUGAAACAAAGCCACCACAACAGUUGGGGAGAUUAUGAUGAAUCAGCUGCAGUGUACAUUGUGCCCUCCGAAUUCAAGGAGCUUGCUUAAACCAGGAAUAAACUGCAAGUACGAGAUCAGCACUAAGAGUCCUGUGAUGUUUUCGGGAAUGGCAAUGUGGUGUCAUUGCUUCCCGAAAAUACCAAGCUACUAUUCGUCCUCCGUGAAAAUGUCAAGGAGCUGCAAGUGUGGUACUAAUAUAAUUUACCCUAUCUUCUUGUACAUAACCCACCUUAAAAGGGUGGUGGGAGGGAACGAGCUCAAAAGAGCUUUUUUUUUGUAGGGAUGUAGUUGUAUGCAAGGAAAUAGAGUAAUUUUAAGGUUUAACAUAUUAGAAUUACAAAAAGUUGUAGGGGCUUUAAAAUGUUCUUUAUAGAUUUCAAUGUUACUCGCUGAGUUUAUUAUAGUGUGCAGGUUUCAAAAAUGCAAGUUUUUUCCUACUACAAUGUGUAGUUUUUAGAUUCCGUGUGCCAGUUUGGGAGCCAUAGUUUAUCUAAACUAAAGAGAUUACGAACUAGCUAAGCACAUCAUGAUUGAUUGAUAUGUGGGGUUUAACGUCCCAAAACCACCAUUUGAUUAUGAGAGACGCCAGCUAAGCACAUCAGAAUGACCUCGAGUGAACACAGAAAGUAAUAAAACAAGAAUGGAUGUUUUAAGCCCGCCAAACAAAUGUUGAAUAUUUGUGACGAAUCCCAGCUUGACGUGAACUCAUUGGCAAAUGUUCAACAUAUCAUAUCUGUUUCAAACAAGUUUACACCAUCCGUUGUUUUCUUGCAUUUUGCAUUCAACAUUGUUUUGAUGUGCUUGUUACUUUGGAACUUUUUUAGUUAAGGUAGGCUAUGACUCCCAAAAAGCACAUGGAAUAUUUGAUAUUUAAAAGUACAUACAAACUGCAAAAACAGUUGAAUAUUUGCAAUUUGCACACUCAUAUACACAAGAUGAUGUGUAGACAUCAUUACAUAAUUACGCUUUGCACCAGUCUUGCUGACGCAUCUGAGGCUCUUGCUUAAAGCAGCACUGACACAGAGCUUUCGUACCUUGCUUUUUUUAAAAAGUGUGUGCAAUAGAUAGCUUAUGGCUCGCUUUUUACGGCUGGAAACCUCGUUUGCGCAACUGUAUAACUGUUGUUUACUUAGACACAUUGUCAGAGUGCCCAGUCUUAGUUUUGAUUUCAAAAAGCACCGAACUAGGCAGGAGAAAUCCUGGUGACUAGGUAAACACAGUCGGCCAUGUGACCGUGCAAGACUGUGACGUGGCACUGCACUGACCAGCCAACACAAACUUGUGAUGUAGAACACAGACGAGUGCUGACUUUCAACUUGAAAGUCAGCGCUUGCCUGUGUUCUUUGUGUCUCCCUGUUUUCAUCUAAAUCAUGCUAAACCUAUCCGAGUAUGUACCAACUUGCCCAAGUCAAAAUGCUAUUGGACGUAGGUUUGUUUAUGCUGACACCACAUGGUUAUUUGCAUCACGAGGGGCUCUACAUCUCGCUCAGUCGUACGGGGUGCACUUUAAAAUUGACUUUGAAUAUGCUCUGGGCUAUAUUUGCCUUUGACGUUUCAUAUAUGUUGUGCAUAUCUCUCCAUGAAUCUAUCUCAUUCAUUAUCUCGCCUUCAAACUUUUGUGUCAGUGCUUUUUUAUUAUAGUUAUGUGGGCUCUGAAAAUUUAGAUCAUUUGGUGUUCUUUAACAAGCACUGACAUUGCGCAGUACACAAGCUAUAGCAGCGAUAAAGCCCGCAGCUUUUAGGAAAGCAGCCAAACACCGUCACUACCACUAAGGUUGACCUUUUCUUGAGAAGCAGUGUUGUACAAUGCAUGAGGUGUAUGUGCUUUAUUUGCUGAACUUAGUUUUCUAAUGGUUGGUGAAAAAAAAUACAGCGAAAGUCAAUGGUGCUCUAUAUAUUUUAAAAAUUUUCAGUUUGAUUAGCACUAUGAAUUUGCGUCAAAGUUAAAAAUUUGCUGUUUGCACACCCCUAUUUUGCAGCUUUCUUUACAGCAACAAUGUGGACAUUUCUGUCAACGUAAUCUUUUUUACCCUCCUUGAAAAAUGUUUUUUUUUUUAUAAAUUUAGUGGUAUGGUGGGCUGAUUGUGUCAUUCUGCACACUUCAUUGAACAGCUGUUUGUUUCUCAUGUUGAAUAAUGUAAACAUCAUUCUAAGCUUUGGCCAUAAUGUGUAGAAACAGUAGUAUAUUGUUUUUUAAUGCUUUCAGUAUGUAAUGCACGUAAUAACAUCCCUCUCUUCAAUGUGACCUGGUCAAGUUUAGUUCGUGCACUCUCAUGAAGACUACCACUGUCUAGUAUUUAUUUUGCGCCAUUCGAGUCACAAAGACCAACUGAGUGGCAGGCCGGUGCAUGGCUGUCGCCUUACAACUCUCAAGUACAAUAAAUUGCGAUGAAACUCUUUUCAAGUCAGGUUGACACACCAUUUACAGCGCAUCUUGUUUCACACCAUUGGCUUUCAUAGUUCACUAUUGUUUUUCUAAAUCACACUAAGUUGAGAAAUAUCAGUAAUGAGCGGCUCUGUGCAGCUUGGAAAGUGCGCACAUUUUGAGUGUUUAAAUUGGCAGCUCUGCCAAAAUUUUCUUCUUAAAGCAUGCUUUUUCAUAUGCCCCUAUGGCAGAUUUGAAUGCUUCUUAAGAAGAAAUGGCAAUUUGUACCUGACAGGUCCUUUAAACAAGGUUGCCAGAAAAGGCUGGAACAAGACUCCUGUACCUUUCUUUUGCUGCAAAGGCAGCGUUAAAAGCAGCAUAUCCUAAAUCAAUCAAGGGCCUCUAGAUUGGUUUUCUGCAGCUAAGUAUAAGGGAUUUUAUUUGCGCUUUUGUGGAUAUAAAUUAUUAGGUAACGGAAAACAGAAGAGAAUGAAAAAGAUUCAUUAUGCCAAACACAUGCGUACAUCAUCGCUAAAGUACUUAGUCGCUGGAUCGAAUUUCGGCUGUGGCGGCUGCAUUUUCGAUGGAGGCCAAAAUGCUGUAGGCCCAUGUGCUCAGAUUUGAAUGCGGGUUGAAGAACCCGAGCUGGUCGAAAUUUCCGGAGCCCUCCAGUGCAGCGUCUCUCAUAAUUAUGUGGUUUUGAGAUGUUACACUCCACGUAUCUAUUAUGCCUACUUUAUUACAUGCACAAUGCUCUUACCCGUUUUUCUCAAGCUUUAGGUGCUCUCAUGCUUGAACUUCAAAAGGAGAUUAUUCGGGUUGUGUGGCUCCGAUUUGGUGUCCGAUUCUUGCACUGCUUAGAAAACUACUUGCAUUUAGGCACUGGCACAAGAUCAGACUUUAGGGCUAGGCAUCUGAAAGAAGUAGCCCUAUGUAACCAACCACUGGUUAUGUUUGUAUAAACCAAAAAUGCAUGUGCUACAGAUACUUCAUUCUUGGACGCUGCUGAAAAAUGGGAACAGGUUAAAGCUUGUGUCUAAUACAAAGUGCCCUUUCUUGAACAUGGUCAGAAAGUGUUGCCGGUUCGUGAGAGCGAAGCAGUAUAAUGCUGCAUGGAAUUUGCAGUGAAAUUUCAAGGCCAUCUCGUGUGCUCGCUCUUCUGUCAACGGAUCGCAACAUGCCCAUACAGCCCCACUGGGCUCUACAGGGCAAAAAUCUGCGCGUUUUAAUCAAAGUGCGCAAGGCCGUUAUGCAGGCUAACAAAUGGAUGUAGCUUCUUGCCCCCGUGACAUACUUCCCCCAUGCACUCGCUCAGGCAAAAAGAGUGAAAACACUUGAAGCGUGUGACAAAUCCUUGUAACUUUGCUUGUGUGUUCGAAAAAUUCUUUGCGCCAGUAUAUUCAUGAGGCAAUCAACUUUGACUACUCAUUCGUUGGUUACUUCGAAAAGUGCGACACCUUGCUUUUAGUGUUUUUUGUUAAUGCUUGCAGGACGACAAUUUUUAGAUGGAGUACAAAGAAAAAAUACCGUUAAAAAUGCUGCAAUUAUUAUUUAAUUGCAACUUCCUCUUAUUGCUGCACUCACACUGUCUUAGAGCACUCUUUUUUUCUGUCACUCUUCUCACCCAUCAUCCGUCGUGCAUAAAAUAUGCAUCAGGACUUGCAAUCAUUUCCACCUCUCUGUUCAUGCAUUCUUUGGCACGCACGUCUUCUUGGGACAAGCUUUCUGCUCUUAAUUGAACGUAAGCAUGGGAGAACAAGAACUAACUUAAUGAGUAAGAUACCUCAAUCUGUUGAUGCUUUGGUAGAGCUAUUUAAAUUUUACUAAGCAUUUGAAAGCAUGUAAUGUUUACAAUCGUCUCUCUACUCGUGAAUCUACAGUGUAAAAACGCGAUAGGUGUCUCGUAGAUAUUUGUGGAUGUGCACUGCAUAGACAUUGUCAGCUAAUUGUCACUAUUUCCUUAAGGUGCCUUAAUGUUUCUAUUAGCCAUAAUAUUCAAUUCCCAAGAGGGGGUUCAGGUUUUUAUGCAUUUUGGCACAACAUGACAGCUGUGUUGCUGCUUCAUAAAAUUCACUGCUGUCUGACAGCAUGUGUCUGCAGAACUGUGGGACACUCAAACGGGCGUUGACUUAAGCUGUGCACUUUUUUGUAGAAACAGCUUCUAGUCUACAACUUUGGCUGGUCUUAGUGAAUGUGCCGUGUUGCUUUCAUGUAUGACCAUGUGGGGUUAAGGGUUUGAAAAAAUGAGUGCAUAUUUCAUAUAACACCAAUUCGCUCAAUCAACCAUUUGGAUAAAGGUGUUUUGUUAGUGCAGUUGAAACUGCUCUUCCUGUAAGAGAAAUUUUAUAGGUAGGAACGUUGAAGGUUGGGCUAGUGUUCUGUUCACUGGGAUGCCUCAUACUGCAACUCCACUGCACAGAAUUCGUGCUGCAUGUCAAGCCAAGUGCAUUUGAUCUGUAAAUGUCCUUACGGAAUCCGACAGCAUGUUUAAUCAUGCUGAGACUAUGUUCACAUUGUAAAAACGUUUGCAUUUAUUUUUCAUGAGGCAUUGCUGAAUCCAUUUCAUGUCUUUGCAUGAACAGUGUAAAAAAAUUUCAUUUUAGAGCAUCUUGUAUCAUUGGAUGUCUAUGCAGUUUUCAUUGCUGACAAAAUUUUUUGUGUGUUUACAAAAGCUUUGUACUGAAAUACAAAAGCUUUGUACUGAAGUACAGUAUUGAUGCAAGUUGUAGUAUUGGAAAAGCAAAUAAUGCGUUCUGUGCAAUUGACAAAACAUUCAAUCCAGUUAGGUGUAUGUCAGGUUUAUGGCUGACUCAGUGCACUAUUUCUGCAUGAAAAAGGCUUAAUUUUUUUGUCCGUUUAUGUAGCAUUGUUAACAAUGCUGAGUCAUGCAUCAUUUAGCUAAAUUAAACGGUGGGUUCUCAUAAAAUACGGACUGUGCUUAAAACUGGCCUUAAACAGGCUUCCUGCUCAAACCCUGCCAAUCCUUGGUAAAGAAGCAAUGUGCUAAAUCCUUGUACUUUCUAUUUGAAUUGUAGCCUUUCUUUUUCUCUCUCUGUCUUGUGCCUUGUGUACAUAUUGUACAUUUUUGGUUGAAAAUGACUUGGUUUUUUUGUAGCUUCUCUUGUUUUAUUAUUUUUUUGGAAGAACCCUUUUUUCUUUAGGUCCGUUCGAUUCGCCUGCGCCACAUGAACCAGUUCACGAGGUGCUGCACUUUGCCAUUCGUUUCAGCGGUGCAGCAUUGACAACCUCUGAACCCUGCCAUGUGUUUCAAAAGGUGCAGAAGAGGUGCAGCACUGUAAACGCGGUGUAUUUUUCCAAGAUGUUUGCGCCUCAUAAACUGUCCACAUGUGCGAUUCGCCAUCGUUCAGUGUUAGCUGAACGCUGUAAAUUAAGCGAACAGAAAUAAGGCCUGCACCUUGUCGGCAUGUCCGGUCUCACGCUGUGCCUGAAUAGCUGAACUCAUGCGGCAUGUUUUCUGAACUUCACGUGCACAGCCGCGAAAUGGUUCCAAUUGGUGCAGGUGAUUCAAACGGACCUUUUCUCUCUAGGAUAGUGUACAUAUGAAAGCGGGCUUUUAGUCAAAACAAAGAAGCCUUGUACAGUUUCCAGCCUCGUGUUAUUGCGAGAAUCUUUUAUAAAGGCUUUUGUUUGUCAUUUUCUCUGGAUUGGCAUACUGCUGCAUCACUUUUUCUUAAGUGCUUGGAUCUUUACAUCCUUCCUUUCAACACAAUAUUUUCGUCGCUCCAAAAGUCUUUCUUUUUCUUUUUUUGAUCUUGUGACACAAAAGUAACAAUAAAAUGAAAAUUCUUCUAUCAAU